AUGCCGGCCAAGGCGAGGACGAAGACCGGAGCUCCUCCUCUGAAGUUGGCAGCAAGCUUUCCUUCCCACCUCUCUUUGGAGCAGGUGGUGAGGGGCCUGUGGGUUUUCCAUGUCCAGAGCCUCCCUGAGCUGGUUUUGGGACAUUACUUACUCAAGCUGACUCAGUCGGUCAACCAUCACAGCUGGUGUCCUCUUGAGAGGCAGCCUUGGGUGGCCAGCCGGGUGCUGAUGGAGGCUGGGGGUCUGCCCACCACCAAGGGCAGCCAGGGCUGGGGCACGGGGGGCCCUUGUGGGGGUUGCCGACACCGGGAUCUGGACCUGGGCGCUGUGAGGUCAGUGCUGCUUGUGAAGCUCCCCAUUCCGGUUUCUGAGUCCUCGCUCCUGCCCGUAGGCUCCGAUGAGCAGUGUGAGGUGCUGGGAAGCGCUGGCCACACUCUUCCACGCACAGUUUGUUGGACUCUUAAGAUUAACACCUUGUUAUCAUUAUGCCAAGAUCCAAAUUUGUUAAACCCGAUCCGUGAAAUCGUGCAGAGUGUGGUGUACCAUGAAGAAUCCCCACUGCAGUACCAAACAUCCUACCUGCAAAGUUUUGGUUUUAAUGGCUUGUGGCGGUUUGCAGGACCCUUUUCAAAGCAAACACAAAUCCAAGACUAUGCUGAGCUUAUUGUUAAGUUUCUUGAUGCCUUGAUUGACACAUACUUGCCUGGAAUUGAUGAAGAAACCACUGAAGAGUCCCUCCUGACACCCACAUCUCCUCACCCCCCUGCACUGCAGAGCCAGCUUAGUAUCACUGCCAACCUUAACGUCUCUAAUUCCAUGACCUCACUUGCAACUUCCCAGCAUUCCCCAGGAAUCGACAAGGAGAAUGUUGAACUUUCCCCUACCACUGGCCACUGUAAUAGUGGACGAACUCGCCAUGGAUCCGCAAGCCAAGUGCAGAAGCAAAGUGCUGGCAGUUUCAAAUGUAAUAGCAUUAACAAGAUCAUGUGAAGCUUCCUUUCUUUCAGCUUUCAAACCAGCAUAACGUGGGCUCUUCACUAGUGACCCUGCCUGAACUGUGCCCUGUCCCCACGUGUUGCAGCACUGCACUUCGUGUUUUAUAAGGGACUCACCUAGUCUGCCAUGUCGCCAAAUGACCAACUCUCAGAAGCGUUGCCUAAGUUUAAUGCUGCUUUCCCUCCUUCUUUUCCUUCUACUUUCGGUGUGUAUCUGGUAUAAGCAAGUGUUUGGAACAGCUACAAAGGAAGUGGGAGGUGAGGAAACUUGAACUGAGAACGUCCCUGUUCUGUGAGCCGAUGAAUUCUUGAACACUGCUACUACUGGCCAGCUGUGAGAGCCAUUUGCACAGAGCCCUGCCUUGUUUGUUUUUCUCUUCAUCAUACUAAGUAAAAUUGUAAUCUUACUUGCACACUUUUCAAGAUAGAAGUUUAUGGAAUAGUAAGAAAUAUUAUAACCCCAGUAACGUUUAAUCUGACUUUUAGCUGUGGACUUUUUUUUACCUUAGAAACGAAGGAACCACAGAGGUCAUACCUUAGGGACUUCACACCAUAAAGCCACAGGCAAGGUACUUUGGGGGUGGGAAGUACUAGGAUUUUGUAGUAGACUCCUAAGAAAUACUAACAUUUGAGGAUUAGCAAUAAUUAUGGGAACAUAAACCUGACCACGUAUAUCUUAACAGUACUGAAUUAAAGCUAUAGGUUCUGAGGCCUUAUCCAAACUCACUCAUCUACACUAGUUUCUUUCUCCAGUUGAUUUUCAUUUAAUCUUUAAAUAUGCUAACAGUGUUGCUCUUUUAUUUAUUUAUUUUUUUUGUUUUUGUUUUUGUAAGCCAAAACUGUAUUAAGCAUAGUGAUUAUGUUUGUUUGUUUGUUUGUUUGUUUGUUCUUCUUCUUUCCAAAUAAUUCCAAGAAGGGUAAUUAGAAAAAAAAAUGUUAAAAAUUGGUCCUGAAAGGUAAUUUUCAUAAAUGUUUGCAUUAGCUGCAUAGCAAAAUGGAAAUGGUAUGCAAUUUUUAGAGUAGCUGUUUUUUGUUAAAUAAUUUCCAAGCAACAGUGUGCUAUAUUGUAUGUGGUCAUAAAUUUCUUUGACAAGAUGUAUUUAAAAACCCUUUAAU